UGAACAUGCUAGUCUUUGUGGCUAUCUCAUGGUUGCUCCUUUCUUUUCCAGCACACCCCACGAGCCCCAGUGGGGAGCAGUGAGCUAUUCCUGCUUCCUUUUACUUGAGAUCAUGCAGAGGGCUUCACGCCUGAAGAAAGAACUGCAUUUGCUAGCCGUAGACCCUCCCCCAGGCAUCACGUGCUGGCAGGAAGAGGACCAAGUGGAUGAUUUGCGGGCUCAAAUAUUAGGUGGAGCCAACACACCUUAUGAGAGAGGUGUUUUCACGCUGGAAGUUAUGGUUCCUGAGAGGUACCCAUUUGAACCACCACAGAUCAGAUUUCUGACUCCAAUCUAUCAUCCAAACAUUGAUUCUAAUGGAAGGAUUUGUCUAGAUGUUCUCAAAUUGCCACCAAAAGGUGCAUGGAGACCAUCCCUCAACAUCGCUACUGUAUUGACCUCUAUUCAGCUGCUCAUGGCAGAACCCAAUCCUGAUGACCCACUAAUGGCUGACAUUUCCUCAGAAUUUAAAUAUAAUAAGAUAGCUUUUCUCAAGAAUGCCAGGCAGUGGACAGAGACUCAUGCGAGACAGAAACAGAAGGCUGAUGAAGAGGUGCUAGACGACUCCUCAGAGGUUGGUGACUCUAAGGAAGGCAACUGCACACAGAAAAGAAAAGCCAGGCCGCUAGGAGGCAUAGAUAAGAAGUUUCACCCCGACGUUCAGAGAGUUUGUCCUGGUCCCUCUUAGUUAAUGGAGUCUGUGACAAGGUGGUCUCUUUUGCUUGCUUUUCUUGAAUGUUUUUCUUUGUGUUUGAUGACAUAAUGUUUGUAUCCUUAUAAAAAGACCUUGUAUGUUUACACAUUGUGCUAUGCAGUGAUUCUUUAAGGAUAGUUUGUUUUAUUUAUCUUGUACAUAUGUAUUUUGAAAACUUUUAAACUUGAAAAAUAAAUAAUACUUAAUGUUAAGUAUGUGUUUAU